AUCUCCGCAGACUGAAUAUCACGACUUUUGACUUGCUGGAACCCAAUUGCCGUUCUAUUUGUUCCUAUCAGUCGGUCAAUGCAUCGGUCCUGACUUAGGGAUCGUAGGAUACAAUGGCCACGAUAAUGGCCUCACGACUGGUCAGGAAUAUGGCCAGGAGAACCAUGACCACGAUGACUCCUGCUCCAACAUCAACAACUCAGGCCACCGAAAAAGUCACAUCAACUGCACAAGACUCCAGCUUGUCGUUUCUACCCCUUCGUCUACGCAAUUUCUUCGCCAAGUAUCCUCCACAGCACUACUCGGCAGCCGUGGCUCCCGCAUCACGUCUUGUGCCCCCUGCCGACGCUACUCGAUACAAUAAUAAUAACAGCCUUACCACAUCAGAGGGCUCAGAAAUAGAUAUUUCAUCCUUAUCGCCCGAAGAUCUUCCAACUCCAUACACUCCCAACCGCGAUGCAAAGGGCAACAAACGCAACCCAACCGCUUGGUCCGCCUCCAAAGCCAUCCUCUAUAACGACCCGGAAUACCCCAAUCCAUUCCUUCCCCAACCAUCUCCCGGCGGCAAAAAAUGGCGUUCCCCAAAAUACGGUUUGAGACAACAAGCAGAUCUCAUCAAACUCGCGAAAAAAUAUGAUGUUGAGCAAUUGUUACCUACAAGUCGGAAAUCGACGGUUUUCAAAGAGACGAGGCUUGCGGAACGCGGGUUGGCGAUUAAGGGUACGGGUAUUGGACAGAAGGUUAAGGGUCAUAAGUGGGAGAGAACGAUGGAGACGAGAUUGGAGGAGAGGAAGAAGGCUAUGAUGGAGAUGCCGGAGUUGAUUAGGCAGUGGAAGCAGAGAGGUCACGGACGAGGAUGGAAGAAGUGGCCCAGACGAUAAAGGGGAAGACCAUUCAGUUGGGUAUAAAGAUACGACAAUCACUUACUCUAUUUGCAUCAUAUGCUUGGCGACUUCUCUCAAGAAGAGGAAGGGAAGGAAUCCACGUGUUUUGACUAGAUUCUUCUUCAUAUUGUACUAUAUUCUGUAUAACUGGAAAAAUGAUAAAUGUUGUCCUGAUUCAUUAUUCAGAGUAAGAUGGCAUAACCAAAUCUCCAACCAUAAUCGUUCUUUCAGGUUCUUCACUCUCGUCGUCAUCGUCAAUAUCAAGACCGAUGUCGUCUACUUGAGAUAACCCUAAAUGUCUUCCAAAAAUCACUUUUCCACCUACCCUCCUA